UUAGAGCAUUUAGAGGCCUUGUUCCAGGAGGACCACUAUCCCGACGCAGAGAAGAGGAAAGUCAUCGCCGCCUCAGUUGGUGUCACGCCUCAAAGAAUUAUGGUCUGGUUUCAGAACCGCAGGGCUAAGUGGAGGAAAGUGGAGCGCUCCAUCACAGCGAGGGGUGAACACAGACAGAGCCGAGCUGGCAGCAGCAGCAGCCCCCUGCAUCACCCAAUCAAUCCCAGCCUGGCACCCAACAGUCAGGAAGUUCCCUGUUUUUCGAAUCAGUUUGCCACAAAGCUGCCCCAGCUCGCCCCUGCAGCGCCUUCUUUCUCCGUCAUCUCCAACCAGACUCCGCCCUCCUACAGCAACCUGAUGGCCAGCCUCAACAGCCCAGGUCAAUCCAGAGGGAGAGAUGUGGGCCAGCACCAGCUUUCAUCUCAGGGGGAGUUAGCAGAGUAUCACCCCCGUCCCAUUCACAGCCCCCCCCCUCUGCGGAGAGCCAGUCUACCCCUUUUCACAACGACCUACAACGCUGCCAACCCAGCUCCACCUCUCCUUAACACCCUGGCUCACAACCAACCUCUGUUCCUCGAUGCUCUGGAGAGCGGCUCCUCCCAGGCUCUGCAGACUGACACCAGUUCUCUAUUUGACUUUGGGGAUAAACUGGACUACCUGACCUCAGGCCAGCAGAACAACCCAAUCUCCUACCAGCUCCAGACCUCUUACCCUUCCACUCAGCCCCAGCACCAACCUCAGGCAUCUCUGUCCCGCAUGGCCUACCUCACCCCCUCCCCCUACCUUACCCAAAACCCUCCAGAUUCCAACCCUACCUCCUACCUGACCUUCGGCCCCGGGGGAAACUCCACUGGGAUUGUGACCUACUCCACUGGAGGCCAAGCUUACUACCAGUCCCAGAGCGCAGGACAAAUCCUAAUGCAGUCGGCCGGUCAUCCUGGCCAGCCCUGUCUCCCCAGACAGCUCUCCAGUGCCCCCUUGUGUCAAGAUUGA